AUGCGCCCACGGGUGUUACUGUGCGCGAGCGGCAGCGUAGCGACGGUCAAGGUGCCAGAGAUUGCAGUGCGAUUAUCGGAGACCGCGGAGGUGUGCGUGGUGCUCACCAAGGCGGCGGAUUUCUUCCUGCAACGCGCGAAGAACUACAACCCACUCGCCUGGGAGAAGUUCUGUGCAGCAACACAAUUACCGGGUGAUGAUCAAGGCAGGAUUGUAGUUGUUCGUGAUGAAGAUGAAUGGGCGGCGUGGAAUGUUGUUGGUGACAGCGUGCGCCACAUUGAGCUUAAGGACUGGGCGGACGUGAUGCUGCUGGUACCGAUGUCGGCAAACACGCUAGCGAAGCUCGCGAAUGGUUUGGCGGAUAACCUCCUCACUUGCGUCGCUCGGGCGUGGAUCACAUCUAAGCCCUUCAUUUUUGCGCCUGCCAUGAACACGGACAUGUGGAAUCAUCCGAUCACCGCAAAGCAGCUUCGCGUGUUGGAGGAAUUCGGCUACAAAAUGAUUCCUCCUGUCGAGAAGAAAUUGGCCUGUGGGGUUGUUGGCAAAGGAGGCCUUGCAACAGUCGACAGCAUCGUUGACUUCACACUAGACCGACUGCGUCAGAUUUCGCUCGCCAACUAG